UUUAAUUUGAAGUCACUCCUACCAGGACGUAUUUCCUCGGGCACAAGCGCGCGCUGGAGCCUGCCGUCUUAUUAACGCACAGGUUUACUGACACAGCACUGGAUCUACAAAGGACCCAAGGACACAGACUUUUGAAUUUAGUUAGCCUGAUUAAAAGCAGCUAACACUGACAUAAUUUUUGUACGGCUCCCUAAACGGAUGGUAUAGUAAUAAAAAAAGAAAAAAAGUUAUCACUUGGGACCGAAAAAGGGACCGAGUAUGAAUGAUGUAUUGCGCAGAAUCUCGGCUCAUUUAGCCUACGAUUAAUUUACCGGAGAGAAGCGCAUCUCCAUCUCGUGGGAUGCGAGCGGGGCAUGUCUUGGCUGAAUGCUGUUGCACGGUUUUGGUUAGACUGUGCCAAACUUGCGCAAAGAGCCCGAUUCUGCACAAGAACUGAUCGUUGCCAGUAAGGUGACCGAAAGCACACAAUGUCAGCCAUACGGCGGAAAUUUGGCGAGGACUACCAGGUUGUAAACACCAACCGGAUCAUGACUUUUUCCGCGCCGGUUAAGAAAAAGAGGCAGCGAUUUGUAGAGAAGAACGGCCGCUGCAAUGUCCAGCACGGUAACCUUGGGAGUGAAACCAGCAGGUACAUCUCUGAUCUAUUCACCACGCUGGUGGAUCUAAAGUGGCGCUGGAACCUGCUCAUCUUCAUCCUCACGUACACGGUGGCGUGGCUGGUCAUGGCUUCGAUGUGGUGGGUCAUCGCUUACAUCCGCGGAGACCUGAGCUACGGCGGCCACAACUCGUCCUACACCCCGUGCGUCGCCAACGUCUACAACUUUCCCUCUGCGUUCUUGUUCUUCAUCGAGACCGAGGCGACCAUCGGCUACGGCCACCGGUACAUCACGGAAAAGUGUCCUGAGGGUAUCAUCCUCUUCCUCUUCCAGUCGCUGCUGGGCUCCAUCGUGGACGCUUUCCUGAUUGGCUGCAUGUUCAUCAAGAUGUCGCAGCCCAAGAAGCGCGCGGAGACGCUGAUGUUCAGCCAGGACGCGGUCAUUUCGCAGCGGGACGGGAAGUUAUGCCUCAUGUUCCGAGUGGGAAACCUGCGAAACAGCCACAUGGUGUCCGCUCAGAUCAGGUGCAAACUCAUAAAGUCUCGGCAGACCCCAGAGGGCGAGUUCCUGCCUCUGGAUCAGUGUGAACUGGAUGUAGGUUUCGGGACGGGGGCGGAUCAGCUCUUCCUAGUGUCACCUUUGACUAUCUGCCAUGAGAUCAACAGCAACAGCCCGUUCUUCGACCUGUCACAGCGCUCGCUCAUGAACGAUCAGUUUGAGAUUGUUGUCAUUCUGGAGGGCAUUGUGGAGACCACUGGUAUGACAUGCCAGGCAAGGACAUCUUACACUGAAGAUGAAGUCUUGUGGGGUCAUCGCUUCCUCCCUGUCAUGUCUCUUGAAGAGGGCUUCUUCAGAGUCGAUUACUCCCAGUUCCACAACACCUUUGAAGUCCCCACACCUCCCUACAGUGUCAAAGAGCAGGAGGAGAAGUCCUCCCUGACGUCACCCAACCCCCUGCCUGUUGCGCCUACUCCCCCUUCGCCUCUGCUGAAGAACAGCAGCCGAGUAGGCCGCAGGGAGAGGCUCCUGUCAGCUGACAAUGCAGACCAUGUAGACGAUCAAGUCUCCAGGCUGCCCAGCAAACUCCAGCGCAUGAGCUCCAGCAGGGAGGAGCAUCUCUGGAGGGGGCUGAAGACUGGGUCAGCCUUGCCUGGGGGGAAGGCCUCCAGCACAGGAGAUCUGCCGCUUAGUAUUCAGAGGCUGAGGUCCAGCUCCAUCCCUGUAGUGAGGCAAGGACAUCCGGAGGAGCAGGUCCAGCUGUUGUCUUUGGAUGGAGAAGCUGAGGAGAGUGAGCUGGAGAAGCACAGAUUGCCCACAGCCAUUAGCACCAUUGCUGCUCCAACCCCAGCACCAGUCCAGAUCUCCUUGGUAGGGAGUCGGCCAGAGGACAACCUGCCUCCCAAACUGCGCAGAAUGAAUGCUGACCGCUGACAUCUGCAAACUACCUUCAGGACUAAAACUAAUUUGAAAAAUUUAUCAGGCUUGAUGGGCAUUGCAUAUAAGUAAAGUCUACUGUGAUCUAGUUUUGUUUUGUUUUUUGUAAUUUCUGCAGAUUCUCUCCAGUUUUCAGUAUUUCUUAUCAGGCUCUUUACUAAGUUGUCCAUUGCCACAAAUAGAAGGACAACACCAAUAAGCCAUCCAUCCGCUCAUACUGUGACUCAGUUUUGAUAUAUCACCAUCUGUGCCCCCCACUGACUUUUAACAUUUAUGUCCUUGUGCUUGUUCCUUUCAUUUCUUUUCCCAGAAGUUGCAUCAAAGACUUUCUUAUGGCCUCAAACUGCUGUAUCCACUUUUUUAAAUUGAACAAGCACCAAAGUGGCAGUUAUAAAUCAGACUGAUCAUUUGCUAAACCAGCUCCCUUAAAACAGUGACUGUCCAGUGGCUUCUUAGCAAAGAUAACCAGGCACGGCAAGUCUGUCAAGCUUUGGAUUCACUUAUUAUUCUUGAUUUCUCAUAUAAUAAGUGUGCAGUGGUGUUUAAAUUAAGCCUUUACCAAACAUAAAACAAUGUGCAAAAGGAUAAGAAAGUGUUUUAGAGGUUUGCUCAUUUGUAUCAAUGUAAAAUUUAUCUGUAGCAGAUGCUGUUUGCUACGGGACAACCUACUGUAGUAGUCAAAUAGUACCUAAUCUCUAAAAACAGAUUUUGCAUAUGAAUAUGUACAAUCUGUAGGCAAGACACAACAUUUCUGUACCAGGCACACUCUGGUUUCUUUUUGUAGUCUUUUUGUAGUCCAGGUGCACUUUACUAGCAAUGCGCCGAUAUGAUAUUUGGAUCAGAUUUUGGUCCGAGCCUAAUUGUAAAGGCUGGAUUGGAUAUUGUUUAAAACGAGAUGAUCUAUGACCAAUCUAUUCAUUUUUACUGUAUUUGAUUCACUCAGCAGCAACAGUGGUUGCUAUUGGCCAAGCUAACAAAGUACUAAGUAAGCUAACAGCAAAGCAGCAGUUGAUGCUUUCUCUUUCUUGGUCCUUCACUUGUUUGGAAGCUUUUAUUACUCUUUAUUACACUCUUGGUUACAUAAUGUGCUUGUGCCAGCUCAACUUCACACCAAUAUAUUGAGGAGCAGUAAAAGCAGGUGAACUCGGAUUGAGAGGAAGUAAAGGAGAAACUUGCAUGACUGUCAAUGAAAGCAGUGUGCAGUAGGCUUGCACUGAGCUCGGACUAAUGCAAAUAAAUUAGAUAAAUAAUGAAA